GAGGAAAGCGUCUCCUUCCUGGAAUGAAACAAAGCGACUGACAACAUGGCUAAAUUUUUCACACCGGUUCAAAUCAACGAGUUCAAGGAGUGCUUCUCGUUGUACGACAAGAAGCAGAAGGGAAAGAUCGACGCCAAAGAUCUGAUCACAGUCAUGCGCUGCCUGGGUACGAGCCCCACGUUUGGUGAAAUCGACAGACAUCUGCAAGUUCACAAGAUUGAUAAGAAAGGAGAGCUGGACUUCUCUACCUUCCUGACCAUGAUGCACCGACAGAUGCAACAGGAAGACCCCAAAGCUGAAAUCCUGGAGGCCCUGAGGAUGACGGACAAACAGAAGAGAGGAUACAUCCAGGCGUCUGAACUGCGGGCCAAGCUCACCAAGUUGGGAGAGAAACUCACAAACAAAGAAGUGGACGAGCUCUUCAAAGAGGCAAACGUGAAGUCAGACGGGGUUAUCAAUUAUGAGGAGUUCACUCAGAUGGUGACGCUGCCACCUGUUGAUUACUGAAACUCAAUGGACUUUAUACACCUGCCCUGAGGGAGAAUUGACUUUAUACACAUGAGCAAGGCAGGACUAUUGUGAAGCACUGCUAUUCAACUAUACUAUCAUGUCAGUGACAUUAUAUGAUACAGCUACCACCAUUUAAAGAG